AUGGACUCUGACGAUGAGCAGAAAAUGGCCAUGCUGCGCAAGGCCUUCCAAAUGUUUGACACUACCAAGACAGGAUACAUUGACGUCCUGAAAAUCUCCACAAUCUUGAACACAAUGGGUCAACUCUUUGACGACUCAGAACUGCAGGCACUCAUCGAUGAAAAUGACCCUGAAAACUCAGGCAAAAUCAACUUCGAUGGAUUUUGUAACAUUGCAUCCCACUUCCUUGAAGAGGAGGACGCUGAAGCCAUGCAACAAGAACUGAAAGAGGCCUUCAGAUUGUACGACCGUGAAGGUAACGGCUACAUCACAACAUCAACCCUGAAGGAGAUCUUGGCUGCAUUAGACGACAAACUGAGCAGCUCAGACUUAGAUGGAAUCAUUGCUGAAAUUGACACAGACGGUUCAGGAACCGUUGACUUUGACGAGUUCAUGGAGAUGAUGACCGGCGACUAA